AUGGAUGUCGAUACAAAAAUGACCGAUGCCUCCGAUGUGGAUGUGGUGUCGCGGCUUCUGGAGCUGCCCGGUGAACUGCGCAACCACAUUUACAGCAUAAUCGUCGCCGGAGAAGAAGAUCGAGGGUUCAGGCUGCGCCGCAAGCGCCACGGCCGCUCCCAACGCUCGAAACAUUCUCUGAGAGACCGUCACCCUAGUCGCCAAUUCCUCGGCCUUGCUCAGACAAACCGCCUAUUCCGCUCCGAGUUCUGGCCGCUUUACACGAAAGCCCACCGCCCUAUCAUCAACAUCGAGGAGCUUGCCGAGUACCUUGAGAUCGUUCCGCUCUCUGAUGCAGCCAUCAAUGACUCUAUCAUCACUACUCUGAAAGCCGUGCGCCGCCUCAAGACUCCCAACGCCGUUGAAGCUCCCGGUAUCGAUAUUCGGCCUCUUUUCCGCAUGAAGUGGAAAUCGUUCCCAUUCAUCGUUACCAAACGGUCCACGUAUCGGUAUCGCGACGAGCACGAAAUAUUUCAUUGGCUUGUACACAUGAGCUGCCGCAGGAGCCGGGCCUAUAACAAGGUGCUCAGGAAUGGAGUCGUUGAGAUCUGUUUGCAUGGACGCCAUAACACCGUUGGCGUGUCUCCUGCGGUGGAAGACGUCAUCACAGUACGCCUGGGCGACCUCGUGAACAUGAGACUCAGCGGGGACAGAGUUAGCAUCUUCCAGAGUUUCGUUGAUGCUACGAGAACCCUCCUAGUAUUCGGUUCCUGGAGUUACGCCGUGAUAGAAUGUACUAGCGGUAUGCAGAAAAUGGUUGCGAGAAAGGGACAGCCUAUUCUUGUCGAACAAUUGGAGGAUAUCUCGGAUGAUGAGUGA